AGAGGAGUCCACGCUCUCAAGAAGCAAAUCGGUCUCGAAACUCUCAAUCAUAUCGAGUGUAGCAGCAUCCCCAAGUUCUUUCUCAUUCCCUCUGAUCUCUCCUCAGUUCCGUUCGAUUCGAUUUGAGCAGUCCAUCCGCUCCAAAUCGAAUUGAAGUAGGGGUUUUGAUUUGGGGAGAGAGAGAGACAGAGGAAUGGAUCAGGUGCUGAACAAGGUGGGGAGCUACUGGUUCAGCAAGAGGGCCAGCAAGGAGAUCGAUUCCAUCGGCGACGACAUCAGCUCAAUCUCAUCCAGUAUUGGAGAGGGAGCCAAAUGGAUGGUGAACAAACUCAAAGGGAAGAUGCAGAAAGCACUGCCAGACCUCCUCAAGGAAUAUGACAUGCCAGCAGGCCUCUUCCCACGGGAUGCGACUAACUACGAGUUCAAUGAAGACACGAAGAAGCUGACAGUGUACAUCCCAUCAGCUUGUGAUGUUGGGUACAAGGACUCGUCAGUUCUGCGGUUCUUCACCUGUGUGACCGGCUACCUCGAGAAGGGGAAGUUUUCUGAUAUCGAGGGAUUGAAGACUAAAGUGUUGGUUUGGACCAAGGUGACUGCCAUCAAAACCGAGGGCUCGAAGGUCCAUUUUACUGCCGGCAUGAAGAAGACCCGGAGCCGUGAUGCCUAUGAGGCCAUCAGAGAUGGUAUCACCAUAGAUAAGUUCUAGAGCAUACCUGGCAUGAGAAAUGUGAUGUAACUAAUCAGACGAUGAUUUCCCCCCUCUGUCGGUACACCCAAAAUAUAAAAUCUAGUGUGCUAUUUCUGCCUAUUCAAUCAAUGACAUUGUCUACAAGUUGGAUAUUAUGAUAUUUCUCUUCAAAAUGUGGAGCUUAAUUUCAUUGUACGAUUCAAUCAAACUGGCAGAGGAUGGGAUACCUGAUUGUAGCUGGUUCGUCAUUGUGAAAUUGCAUUGAGCUGCACUCUUAAUUCGUUCCGUCAACGUUACCGUUUUGUUUCUUC